AUGAGGUGGCAACUGGAGGCUCUAGGACAGGAGAGGCUGCAGCUCAGCUCUGAGCUCAAGGCCAUGCAGGAUGUGGUGGAGGACUUCAAGUCAGAGCGUGGCCUCAACUCUCCCUGCUCCGGCCACCCCCCGCCCUCCUCCCCGGCCAUCCCGCAGAUCCCGGCUCUCCUGACUAACCAGCGGUACCAGCAGGAGAUCAACAAGUGCACGACCGCAGAGAACAACUUUGUCAUGUUCAAGGAUUUGGAUGCUGCCUGUGUGAACAAGGUGGAUCAGGGGACCAAGGUGGAUGCCCUGGCAGAUGAGAUAAACUUCCUGCAAGCCCUCUAUGAAGCGCAGCUGUGCUGGAUGCAGACCCAGAUCUCCAACACCUCGGUGGUGCUGUCCAUGGACAACAGCCAGAACCUGGGCCUGGAGAGCAUCAUCACCAAAGUCAAGGAACACUGUGAGGACAUUGCCAACCAGAGCUGUGCCAAGGCCAAGUCCUGGUACCAGAGCAAGGAGGAGGAGCUGCAGCUCUCGGCUGGCUGGCACAGGGAUGACCUCCAGAACACCAGGGUGGGGAUCUCAGAGAUGAACCACCUGGUCCAGCAGCUCCACUCAGACAUGGGCAGCGUGAAGGUGCAGGUGGCCAAGCUGCAGACGGCCAUCGCUGACAUGGAGCAGCAUGGGGACAUCGCCCUCAAGGACACCAGGGCCAGGCUGGAAAAACUGGAGACAGCCCUGCAGAAAGCCAAGGCUGACCUGGCCCGGCAGCUCUGGGAAUACCAGGAGCUCAUGAACAUCAAGCUGGCCCUGGACAUCGAGAUCGUGACUUACAGGAAGAGCUGUCUGGAGAAGGUGUUGGUGCCGUGA